AUGGUAUUCUCCUGCACCGACGACGUAGCCACAGGGUUAAAAGAUGCUUUAACUCAUUGUUACAAAUGCAAAGGGAGAAAGGUUGGCCGUUCAGAUCACGAAGACAAUGACGAGAAGCUUAUUGGGGAUUUCAACUACGACCAUGAAAUUGUUGUGUUCCAGAUCAAAAGUCGAGCAAUGGAGAAACUAAGGCAGAAGCCAAGAAUAUGCAUGGAGAGACUAACUUACCAAUCUAAAGAGGAAUGCAACAUCGAGAAGGAAGAGGGUAUAGAGUUUUGUUCUGUGGGAAGCAGCUUCUCGGAAUGUUGCACUAGUGAACUGAGUGUAGAAGCAUAUAUGACGGCCAAAACCGAGUUCUCGAGGUGUUCGAGCUUGAAAGGUGAAGAGUUGGAGAAUCAAUGGAAGAUGUAUUAUUUGAAUGGAAUUAGGAAAGGAUCAGUGAUUCAAGAGUUGUGUCACUGCCAAGGAUGGCCGUUUGGUUUGGGAAGAAAAGCUGCGUUGCUUCCACCACUACCUAAGUCACCUGCAGAGUCUUGGUCAUGGAUGAAGCCAAAUAAAGUUGCUCCAGUUCCUUUUAUUUGA